AUGUCGAAAUAUCUCGAUCAUGCCACUGAUAAAAAUAUAACACCCCUUAACCUGACCUGUGGCCUACAUGAUGCAAUUCAGGGUCACAGGUCAUUUUAUAUGAAGUCGAAGGUAUUUUACCGCUAUAUCUCAACGAAUAAUAUUACAUUGAUAGACCUUGAACUCAAUGGCAACUGUUGUGGGGUGUUAGUAAACUUGGAUUUGGCGAUUUCGAUGAGUGACGAGACCUUUCCAGUAGAUGCAAAUAUUCAGAUUAUCAUGAUGGAAUUUAUUGUGCUUGGUUACUUAGAAACUUUGAAUAUCCAGGGGGUAAAGAAGCUCUUCAUUCAUAUCGACACAAUCUGUCAAGUAUGA